AUGUACUUGUCCAGUGCACAAGCAGCCAAAGAUAGCAGCCUAAUGGCACCUCACUGGCACCAUCCGGGUUUGAGCCCAGCCUUGACAUCCUGGAGAAAGCCGUGGGGCACUGGACUCUGCCUGUCCAGCUGCAGAGGACAACUGUGCGAAUCCACAGAUUCUGGAGAGAGUACUGAGGAGAUGCAAUGUGAUCGCCUGGGUUUCGUUGAGAAAGGCAGAGGCCUGCGCCAGGUGGUCCUCCCUCAUGAUUUGUGCGAUAAAUUCCUCACUGCAGCAGGAAUGAACACCAAGAAAAAAAUAGAGACAUGUGGUGUUCUAUGUGGAGCCCUGGUUGGAGAGGAAUAUCACAUCAGCCAUAUCCUCAUUCCUGUCCAGGAAGGAGGCCCAGAUUAUUGCUGUGCAAAGCAUGAGGAGGACCUCUUCUUUAUUCAAGAAGGACUGGGACUUAUUACAUUAGGAUGGAUACAUACCCAUCCAACCCAGACAGCCUUUUUGUCAAGUGUAGAUCUACACACACAUUUUGCAUACCAAACGAUGCUCCCUGAAUCCAUAGCUGUGGUGUGUGCUCCCAAGUAUAAACAAACUGGAAUUUUCACACUGACACCUAUUGGACUACAAGAAAUAUCCGAUUGUCCAUGGAGAGGGUUCCACACCCACAGACAAGACACAGCUCUCUUCUGUGUAUGUAUCUUUGUACAAGUAAUCAAGGCCAUGUUUUCAAGCAGGACACAGUGCUGA